GUUCCUAAUUUAUUUUCAUCGGCACUAAAUUUGUGAAUGAUUUGUCAAACUUUCUGAUAUCAUGAUAUUUGAUUAGCAAUGAAAAUUGUCAUUAAUACAACAGAAGAAUUUAAUUUUCAAUAAUAUUAUACUUAAUUUUCUAUUAUGUCUGCUGAAUAAAUAGGACAGUUAAUGAUUCAGAUGCGAAAUUGUUUCUUGCUUAUACUAUUUCUCGAAAGUAAAAAAAUGUGUGCCAUAUCCUUGUAAACCACUGACACAUAUGAAUGAACGCAAUAAAUUUCACUGUGUUUUUUCAUACUAUUUACUGGAAAUGACAACAGAUUUGGUGAUGAAAAUGUGGGUUUGAUUCACACCUGCCUUCCGUUCACAAAUUAGAUAUAAACAUACCUCCAAUAGAGUCAAAGUUGUCGUCUGGAAGAAAGAAAGCAUGGGAAGUCUUGUGGACUAGUAACCCAACGCUUUUAACAUAUCCGUACAAAAUCGUCCGUCUUCACAAACAAAACCAAAGAUGGAGAACUCAUCACUCCGAUGCAUCUUCUUUAUUUUCAUCAUUUUCACCUUAGUUUCGCUUUCUACUGCUGCUUCAAGUCAUGGAGAAGUUGAGGACGAACACGAGUUUAACUACAAGAGGAACGAUGAUAAGGGGCCAGAGAGAUGGGGCGAAAUUAAACCGGAAUGGGAGAUGUGUGGAAAAGGAGAGAUACAGUCUCCCAUUGAUCUGAUGAACGAGAGAGUUAGGAUUGUUUCUCAUCUUGGAAGGCUUAUUAGGGAUUAUGAACCUUCCAAUGCCACAAUCAAGAACAGAGGCCAUGACAUUAUGCUAAAAUUUGAAGAUGGAGCUGCAGGCAGUAUUAUGAUUAAUGGUUUUCAAUAUGAACUCCAACAGCUUCACUGGCACUCUCCCUCUGAGCAUACAGUCAAUGGAAGAAGGUUUGCACUUGAGCUGCAUAUGGUUCACGAAGGCAAGAAUGGGAGAAUGGCUGUUGUGACUGUCUUGUACAAGAUUGGAAGAGCUGAUACUUUUAUCAGAACGUUGGAGAAGGAACUAGAGGCCAUUACUGAUCUGGAUGACGCAGAGAAACAUGUAAGGAUGAUUGAUCCCAAGCAAAUUAAGAUCGGAAGCAGAAAAUAUUACAGAUACAUUGGUUCACUUACCACUCCACCUUGUACUCAGAACGUUACUUGGAGUGUCGUUAGAAAGAUUAGGACCGUGACAAGAGAACAAGUGAGACUUCUCCGUGUAGCUGUGCACGAUGACUCGCUGACGAAUGCGAGACCGGUUCAACCAAUCAACAAGCGCGUGGUUCACUUAUACAGACCAAGAGUUUAGUUGAUGAAGACACAUUACAAGUUCUUACCAAUCCUUAAUUCUUCAUAUAUACACUAAAAUAAUGGUUUCACUAGUUACGGUGCUGUUUUGAUGUGUAUUUGUUUAUUUAUCGUCUAAAAAUAAUAAUGUUAUUAGUUGCUUUGAUGAUAACGACUACCCAAUCAUACCGUUA